GGGCGGGGUGUCGGGAGGCGCCGGCCCAAAAGGCGGAGUCGCGGCGCGGAGGGCCCAGAGCUGUGAGCACUGUGCUGAGCGCGCCGCGGAGAAAGCCUGCGGGAACCCAGACCCGGAGGAGACCCUCGUCCCCGCCCGGCCUGGCCCGGCCCCGCGCUAUGGAGUUCCUCUGGGCCCCUCUCUUGGGUCUGUGCUGCAGUCUGGCCGCUGCUGACCGCCACACCGUCUUCUGGAACAGUUCAAACCCCAAGUUUCGGAAUGAGGACUACACAGUACACGUGCAGUUAAAUGACUACCUGGACAUCAUCUGUCCUCAUUAUGAGGAUGAGUCUGUGGCAGACGCUGCCAUGGAGCGGUACACACUGUACCUGGUGGAGCGCGAGCAGUACCAACUGUGCCAACCCCAAUCCAAGGACCAGGUCCGCUGGCAGUGCAACCAGCCCAGUGCCAGGCAUGGCCCAGAGAAGCUGUCUGAGAAGUUCCAGCGCUUCACACCCUUUACCCUGGGCAAGGAGUUCAAAGAGGGACACAGCUACUACUACAUCUCCAAACCCAUCCACUACCAGGAAGACCAGUGCUUGAGGUUGAAGGUGAACGUCAAUGGCAAAAUCAGUGAGUGUCACAGCCUUGUGGGCCUCCUUGCUCCAUCCCUAUUCUGGGCCUGGUCUAGUGAUCUGGGAUGGUUGGGAAGUCCCACUGCCCAGCCCACCCAGCAUUCCCACCCCUCUGCCUCCUUGGUGUACCAAGUACCUGACCUAAGACCAUCCUUAUCCUUCAGCUCACAGUCCUCAGGCCCAUGCCAAUGCACAGGAGAAGAGGCUUCCAGCAGACGACCCAGAGGUGCAGGUUCUACAUAGCAUUGGUCACAGUGCCGCCCCCCGCCUCUUCCCACUCGCCUGGGCUGUGCUGCUCCUGCCAUUCCUGCUGCUGCAAACCCUAUGAAGGUGUAUGCUGCAUGCACUGUAAGAACUGGAACUGGGCUGAGGGGGCAGGGCGGGCCUCCCUCACCUGCCUGGGGCCCCUCCCAAAGCCCUAGUCCUGGGAACCACUCCUACCACGUGCACAAGCUGCCACCCAGCAGCGUCAAAACGGGUCAGUAUUAAAGCUUUCAACCCAAAGGAGGUCAGCAAGCCUGACGGUGCCAUCCUCGCCUCCACCUCAGAGGGAUGGACAAAGAAGUGGACAGUCCUUUCCCCUUCAUUCCUGCCCUUAAGCCAAAGAAACGGGCUGUGCGGACAUGGCCUCUUAAGAAGGGCACUGUGGGAGCCGAGCUGAAGGGGGCUUGGGCUUACAUGGAUGGACACUGAGCUUGGCAAAGAUGUCCCUCCCAGAGAGAGCCAGGAUGGCUCUGAAGGAAAAGCAAGUUUCCUGCUUGGGAGCCAGGGACAGGAGAGGCAACAUGCUUGGGCUGACCCAGCAUCUCCCCCAAGACUGUUCUCUGUGGAGGUGCCACGGAGAGGACUGUAGCCAGGCACUACAUCCUCUCCCACCCUGGGGCAUCACUCCACAGAGCUGUGCCAGCAGGGGGGCUGUGCCAACCUGUUCUUAGAGUGUAGCUGUAAGGGCAGUGCCCAUGUGCACAGAGUCUGUGCCUAGACUGACUGUAGCCUGAAGGGCAGGGCCCACGAGUACAGAAUCUGUAUAUGAACUAGAUGUGUGUCUGCUGAUUUCUACAACUGGAGUUUUUUUAUACAAUGUUCUUUGUCUCAGAAUAAAGCAAUGUGUUUGUUUUUUUGGA